CUUUACGAGGACAUGGGUGCCGAUGCUGAAAAUGGAAAGAAGAUCUUCGUUCAGAAGUGCGCUCAGUGCCACACCGCCGAGCCGGGUGGCAAGCACAAGGUGGGCCCCAAUCUGGGCGGUAUCGUAGGUCGCAAAUGCGGCACUGCCCCCGGCUACAAAUACACCGAUGCCAAUAUCAAAAAGGGUAUCAACUGGACUGAGGGCAACCUGGACGAAUAUCUGAAGGAUCCGAAGAAGUACAUUCCCGGCACCAAGAUGGUGUUUGCCGGACUUAAGAAAGCCGAGGAUCGAGCUGAUUUGAUCGCCUACCUCAAGAAAAACAAGUAGAAAAAAUUCGCCUGGAAAACAACAAGAUCGACUAUCAAACAUACCCUACACUAACUUGGAUGAAUACAGAUACAAACGAACUUUGGCAACUCUUCUUUGCCACAAACAUUUAAUUUUAUUACUUGGACAGCGACCCAAGUGUGCUCACACUGAGUGCCUAAUAUCACACUGAAUAUAGGAUUAGAAAUAUCAAACACACAAUUGAAUGAAAACAGCAGCGGAUUCAACAUUUAAAUUUGAAAUUCGCGCGCUGCUGAGUUUCAUGGCAGGCAGACUUGGAAUGCGAUACAUUAGCGAGAACAACUUGAAAUAAGAGAACAUAAGCAUCAAUGGAAGCCAAAAUAAAAAAUAUAUUUCACAUUCGAA